CAACAACAAGGUCGCACUCGAAGCUGCUGUGAAUGAAAUCCACUCUUCGUUUAAAAUGUCGAAGAAAAAUAUGGAACUGGAUAAUGAAGACGAAAAGCCAUUUUCUUCCCUCAAACUGAUGCAGAGGAAGCAGGAUGCAGAUGCAGCCAAUACUGAGCUUAGAAUGCAGGCGCAAUUUGAGUCAGCCCUCCGAUCUGUGGAAGAACACAAGGGACAUCUCAGGCAAACAGUGGAACGAAUGGAGAAGUGUAAGGAGGAUUUCAAAGAAUACUUGAAGAUUAAAGACUUGAACAGACAGCUUGCAGUGAAGAAGGCCAAACAUGACAAGCUCUUGACCCAUCAGAAGCAGGAGCACCUGCACGACCUCCGUGAAGAGACCAAGGAACUCGUUCAGCUGAAAGAGCGCCUGGAGAAACGUGUGCAGAAUUAUGAACAGUAUCACCACUGCAUGGAUCGAGUGGUGCUGGCCAGCAAGCGCGAUGCUGCUCAAAUGAUAUCACGCUACAACAGUUUGAUGAUGGCCAGGGACAACAUGCAGCUAACCACUCAGCAGAACCAGGAGGCAGCGCAGAAAGCUCGGAGCAAUCUGGCUAUCCUCAGCAAGGAGAGCAGCGACGCCAUCAUGCAGCUCAACUGCAGGCUGGCGCAGCUGCAGAGGGCACUGGAUGAAGCUCAGCAGAACCGCGUGCACUGGGAGAACACGUGGGCCUGUAUUCAGAAAACCGCAGCCAAGAAGACCAUGCUGUUUGGGCAGAUAAGGAUGGGCACACUAAACCUUUACCGGCACGUGUGCAAGAACUCCAGGUUCUGCCAGGCUUUUCCUGUGGAUCCAGAGGACAGUUCUGGGCAGCUGGAAAUGAUUCAAAUGUUCAUCAAUGAAUGGAUGUCUUCUUUGAAGCUGGAAGCAAGCAGCGCUAGCUAGGAAGAAGAGGACAUCGUUAAAACACAUAUACCCUUGUAUAGAAGAAUGUAAAAUGUAAUAUAAUAAA